CGGAGUUGUUCUGUAAGCUUGAAGGAGAAGUAGAACCAUGGCUGGGAGAUGCCCCAGGUCCGAGGAAAUUCUUGAAUCAUCACCUGGGAAAUCAGAAGAGGAGAUCCAUGGGAGAAGUAGACAUACAGGGUCCCACUGGAGAAGUUGGCUUGCAUCUACCACCACGGAAAAAAGCCUGUGUUUCCCACCUCAGUCACCCAGGAUGUGACAAUAUAGAAGAUGAUUCCAUAGGAAAAGCUAAAAAGAUAUUAAGGCCACGUUCAAUCCAGAAAUCUUGGUUUCGGCAGUUUCCAUGGUUGAUCAUGAAUGAGGAGCAGACAGCCCUGUUUUGCUCUGUUUGCCGGGAGUACCCAUCUGUUCGGGACAAAAGGUCUAGGUUAAUAGAAGGUUACACAGGACCUUUCAAGGUGGAAACACUCAAGUAUCAUGCAAAGAGUAAAGCCCACAAGUUUUGUGUUAAUGCUUUGGCUACAAGGGACCCCAUUUGGGCAGCCCGUUUUGACAGCAUCAGAGAAACAUCUGAGGACAUGCUGACUACUGCAGAGCAUCUCUUCAAUGCAGAUUAUCCUGUGCUCUAUCCACCAGGAUCCCUGGGUGAUUAUGAUGGUUUGGUUGAACUUUUUCCAAACUCCAGAUCUGAGCUUGGGGAUGCCACUGAAAAUGGAACAGCAUCUGCUCUCUACUUGGAUUGUAUUUCAGAUGUGAGGCAGAAUGAUGUCAUCAAUGAUAUCUGUACCUCGUCAAACAUUAAUAGUUUGUUCGAUGAUUCCACAGAGUUCUUUUGUCAGGAUUCUUCUGAGGAGGGGCUGUUUCAGGAGGUGCCAGUGGUGUUUGAGGAGCUUCCAGUGGUGUUUGAGGACGUGGCAGUAUAUUUCACCCGUGAGGAGUGGGCAAUGCUAGACAAGAGGCAGAAGGAACUGUACAGAGAUGUGAUGCGCAUGAAUUACGAGCUGCUGGCUUCGUUAGGUAAAGAAUCCUCUUUUAGGGCUCCAGCAGCCUGACCCCUCCUCUCUGUUCCUGUCAUUCUGUCAGCAGAGGCACUGACUAUGCUGCACUUCAUAAACCCUCCAGAUUUGAGUUUCUGCAUCAUAUUCUUUCCCUUGGGGCUAGUUCUGUGCGGUUCAGGGUGAAAGUAACAGGUGGCUACCUGAGGUCAUUCUUACCACUCCUAUUCAGUUAUGGAAGCCUUUGUCAUAAGCAUCACUAAGUUGGUCAUUAGCUAAUUUGUAAAGAUGAUGAAACAUGUCUGUGUUCUGCCUCUUUUCUUUUUCUUUCUUUUUUAAUUAUAGCUUUUUAUUUACAAGCUAUAUGUAUGGAUAAUUUUUCAGCAUUGAUAAUUGCAAAACCUUUUGUUCCAAUUUUUCCCCUCUUUCCCCCCAGCCCCUCUUCCAGAUGGCAGUUAGA